GGCCCUCCAGGCCAGUGUUUCUGGCGGCCGCCGGGCUCCACCUCCAUCCCCCUUUCCCCUCCCCAGCAGGGCGGCGGGUCGCAGCGGGAGCGCGCGCCUCCGCGGCUUUCUUCUGGCCCCCCUCUGCUGCCCCCAUCCUCCCCUUUCCGGUGGCGGGGACGCGGCUGCCUGUUAAAGCUUCGCGAGAGCGGUUGGCCGGCUCAGGAGAACACCGCAGGAGCAGCUCGGCUUUUCAUAGAAGAUUUACUCAGCAAGUUGACCAUCUGCCUCUACAUAGUUUAUGCGUACAACUGUAGGACCUGGCUCAUAAUCCUUAACAAAGAAGAAAUAAGUAUUCAUCUUAAAAUAGAAGGCUUGUGUAUUUUAUUGUCGGCUUCCAAAGAUUACUAACUUUUAUCUAUAACUUUAAAAUUGAACUACCUUGGCUAUCCUGCUGUUCCUAUUUGCUGCUUCCAUUAUUGCCUUCUUCAGAGAACACCCAAAGAAUAACAAAAGACAAACACCAUUUUUAAGUCUUUUCACAAUGAAACUUAAGCUAAAUGUGCUUACAAUAAUUUUAUUCCCUAUCCACUUGCUAAUAUACAUAUAUAGUGCCCUUAUAUUUAUUCCGUGGUAUUUUUUUACCAAUGCCAAGAAGAAAAACACUAUGGCAAAACGAAUAAAAGCUAAACCCACCUCAAACAAGCCUGGGAGUCCAUAUCGAGCUGUCACCCACUUCGCCUCACUUGCCGUGAUUGACAUCCCUGGAGCAGACACCCUGGACAAACUGUUCGAUCAUGCUGUGACCAAAUUUGGGAAAAAGGACUGCCUUGGGACCAGGGAACUGUUAAGUGAAGAAAAUGAAAUGCAACCAAAUGGAAAAGUCUUUAAAAAGUUAAUCCUAGGAAACUAUAAAUGGAUGAACUAUGUCGAAGUGAACCAGAGAGUGAAUAAUUUUGGCAACGGACUUACCACAUUAGGCCUGAAACCAAAGAGCACAAUUGCCAUCUUCUGCGAGACCAGGGCAGAAUGGAUGAUUGCAGCACAGACCUGCUUUAAGUAUAACUUCCCUCUUGUAACUCUAUAUGCAACUCUUGGCAAAGAGGCUGUAAUACAUGGACUGAAUGAAUCAGAAGCAUCCUAUCUGAUUACUAGUGUUGAACUUCUAGAAAGUAAACUUAAGACCGCACUUGUAGACAUCAACUGUGUUCGGCAUAUCAUCUACGUGGACAAUAAAAUGAUUGAUAAAUCAGAAUAUCCUAAAGGCUUUGAAAUCCACAGUAUGCACUCAGUAGAAGACUUGGGAUCCAAGCCGGAAAAUAUCAACAUCAUUCCCAACAGACCAAAUCCCAAUGAUCUUGCUAUUGUCAUGUAUACCAGCGGCUCUACUGGCAGACCUAAAGGCGUAAUGAUGCAUCACAGCAACCUGAUAGCUGGAAUGACUGGCCAGUGUGAAAGGAUUCCUGGAUUGGGACCAAAGGAUACCUACAUUGGCUACUUGCCUCUUGCUCAUGUUCUAGAAUUGACAGCAGAAAUAUCAUGUUUUACCUAUGGCUGCAGAAUUGGAUAUUCUUCUCCUCUUACAUUAUCAGAUCAGUCCAGCAAAAUUAAGAAAGGGAGCAAAGGCGACUGUAGUGUUCUGAAGCCUACACUUAUGGCAGCUGUCCCGGAAAUCAUGGAUAGAAUUUAUAAGAAUGUCAUGAGUAAAGUUCAAGAAAUGAACUAUUUUCAGAAAACUCUUUUCAAGAUAGGCUAUGACUACAAGCUGGAACAGAUUAAAAAAGGAUAUGAUGCUCCGCUGUGCAAUUUCCUGCUGUUUAAAAAGGUGAAAGCUCUAUUAGGCGGGAAUGUCCGUAUGAUGCUUUCUGGAGGAGCACCCCUUUCACCACAGACGCACCGCUUUAUGAAUGUCUGUUUCUGCUGCCCAAUUGGCCAAGGUUAUGGAUUAACCGAAUCUUGUGGAGCUGGCACAGUUACUGAAGUUACUGACUAUAGCACUGGACGAGUUGGAGCCCCUCUUAUUUGCUGUGAAAUUAAACUCAAGGACUGGCAAGAAGGAGGCUAUACCAUUCAUGACAAACCAAACCCCAGAGGGGAAAUUGUAAUCGGUGGACAAAAUAUUUCUAUGGGUUAUUUUAAAAAUGAAGAGAAAACAGCUGAGGAUUAUUCUGUGGAUGAAAAUGGACAAAGAUGGUUUUGUACUGGAGAUAUUGGUGAAUUCCACCCUGACGGAUGCUUACAGAUUAUAGAUCGCAAGAAAGAUUUGGUGAAACUACAAGCUGGAGAAUACGUGUCUCUAGGCAAAGUGGAGGCUGCCUUGAAAAACUGCCCACUCAUCGACAACAUCUGCGCCUACGCCAAAAGUGACCAGUCAUAUGUGAUCAGUUUUGUGGUUCCUAAUCAGAAAAGGCUGAUGGCCUUGGCCCAGCAGAAAGGGGUAGAGGGAUCAUGGGUAGAUAUCUGCAACGACCCUACCAUGGAAACUGAGAUACUUAAGGAAAUUAAAGAAGCUGCAAAUACCAUGAAAUUGGAGCGUUUUGAAAUUCCAAUCAAGGUCCGCCUAAGCCCAGAACCCUGGACUCCUGAAACCGGUUUGGUAACUGAUGCUUUCAAGUUGAAAAGGAAGGAGCUCAGGAACCACUAUCUCAAUGACAUUGAGAGAAUGUAUGGAGGCAAAUAAAAGUCGGGCCUGUUCUCAACAGAGGGCCCCAUACUCUCAAUAAUGCAAAAUGUUGGUGUUUUACCUUUGCCUCUGGUUAUUAAAACUGCAUUUAGCUAUUACAAUCUUAAGUUAAAUCGAAGGGAAAUGAAAAACCAAUUCAAAUGCCGGUUGAGUCUUCUCUUUCUCUCUCUUUUUUUUUUUUUUUUUUUUUUUUUUUUUUGUAUUCUAAUGAAACCUAGAUGGAAGUCAUUUGCCUCUAGGUAUUUUUAUUGAAUUUUGAUUCUUAACUUAUCUGAGUUACAAAACAAAAAUUGAACUCCCAGAAUCCUCCUAAGGUUCAUUUCUGGUUCCUUGAGCCUGGCAAAGUUGAAGCAAAAUAAAUAGGGGAGUAGAGUAGAGGAUAAAAUUUGAACCUUCCAGGUUCAAUGUAUUUCUAAUUUAGAAGCUUCCUUACUUGUCAGGCUCAACAAACAGAUCUUUGAUCUUAAGGACUCUGUGAAGCACUGCCUGGGGGCUUUGACAUUCUUUUCCAACUGUUUAUAUAUGUUAUGUAGUUAUCAAAAAACAAAUCAUGAUUAUAGCAUCAUAGACAGAUAGAAACAAAACGCCUUGGAAAAAAUCUUUACGAGAAAGAUUACAUCGGCCAUACGUUAAAUAGAUGGUGGUUCAUCUGUACAUCAUUAUAAUAUUGUGAAUAUUUACAGUGCCUGAAGUUUGAAUUAAGACAAAAAAAUGCUACUGAGUAAAAUAUUUAAAGGGGAACUGGAUUGUUUUUUAUUACUGUUUGAGAUCCGAAUUCAAUAACCACAUUCCUUUGACAUUUACAAAUAGCAGGUACAUGUUUUAAGGUUCCUGGUAAAAUGCUUGCCAACACAUUUACUCUGAAAACACAGGAUCAAACGCAAAAUGGAGAAAGGUUAAAUCUCACGUGAAAGACAAUGCCGAAAUAAUAAAUUUUUGUUUUGAUGGCUCUGAAGAACUGAUAUCAAUAUGUCCUUCCAUUAAAACAUAUUUUUUGGGGGGGUUCUUAAAGGUUUUUCUGUUGCUGGUUUGGAUUCUUACAGUUUUAAUUUUGGAAAGUCUUACAGUUCACCCUAAUUCUAUUACAAACAAAUACAACAUUUCCUUAGCUAUCUCGUCUGUGUCCUAGGUGAAUAAAAUUGGUUCUGUUUUUUGGAAGUUGUUUUAAGAAGGGAAGAAAGCACUGUCAUCCUAUUUUUUUCCUCUUUGUGGAAGAAGUUAGAAACUGGAAAUUCUAGGUGUGGACUUGGGACUGUCAAUAAGGAUUCAUCUAAUGUUUGUGCUGUAACUUGUUAUGAGUGUGCUUUUUGUUUUAUGUACUCUUAAAAAAAAUUGCGCCCUUUUCCCUGCUGGCUAUUCACACUUGAACUAUAGUUAUUAUUUUUUUAAAAAGUGAACAUUCUUAAUACUGUUAUACUUUGCACUUUUUUUUCCCUUAAAUCAUUUUAUGUUGUGUGCGUGCAUAUUGCUUGCAUUUCUUUUUAUUUUAAAAUGUUGGCCACCACUACAAGAUGAUUUUCCUUGCUCUAAAAUAUUUAUAUUAUAAAGAAAAGAGAUUCUUCUAUUCAUAAAUAUUUAAAUGUUAUGUAUAUGAUGGUAAAAAGGAAAAUAAUCUGGAAUGAAGGUUUUUUGUAAAGAUUUAUCUGUUUAGUGUUCAGGGAUGUAAAAUGCUGGGCAAAUUGUUCGUGCAAUGGUAAGUGUAUGUGGAUAUUCUCCCUAUCCUCGGCUCUCCUUUGAUCUGUAAAAAUCGACCGUCUUUACUAAGUGGACAACUCGGCAACCUUGACUGUUCAUGGCUCAUUGUUUUAAGAUUGGCCUUUAGGGACUCUUUUCUUAAGUCUUUUUAACUUAAUGAUUUUUCUUUCCAUUUUAAAGCUACCUUUGGAAAGGUGACUUGGACUAAAUGUGUUUGAUGUUUCCUCUCAGAUUUUCAUUUCCCUAAUUCUCAUCUCCCUAAAGCUAGAACACUGCCAACUGAUCUAUUGUGUCGACCCUUUAGAUUGACUAAAUCAACACUUUAGGUGCUGCUAAUUCUUUAUGAAAUCCAAAUAUCUUUUAAGGGACCAGGGAGAUGCCACUAUGACCCACUUUUUUUUUUUUUUAAUCUAAAUGUAUAUUUGUUUACAUACACAGAAAAGUCUUCUCCAUACGAAUGGUGGCUUUUCAGAGAUUUGAUCUUAGAGAUUGACCCCACCUAUUUUUUUAUACUUGUUUCACUUGCUUAUUGUUGAUUUUUAUGUCAGCCAUUUCACAAAAGCUGUAAAUUUUUUAAAAACCCAAUUCCAUAGACAUGAUUCUAAAUUGAACCUUUUUGAUUCUUGCUUUCUACGCCUGAAAUAUCUCAUCUUGCCUCAGUUCUACUUGUUUGUUGUCAUGCCCUCCAUCAUAUGUGGAAGUAUAAUUGCAUAUUUUCCAGAGACUAAAUAUAGUUAAAUGGUUCAUAAAAUCCGAGUGUUUGUUCCUUUGAUCACAGAGAUGGGUUAGAAUACUUAGCUGAUAUUGUCUCCGUAGAAUAUGUGUUUCUGAAUUAGAAAAAUAGGAACAGAAAGAGGAGUGUGUUGUUUUCUUGGGAAAUGUUUCAUUUUCAAAUAUGCGCCUAUUUGUACUUUCUGUUAAAAUGCAUGAUUGCAAAAUCAUUAUUGGGUGUGGUGUGUUGAUUCCUAACGGAAAGUUUUAUUGUAUUUUUAAAGUUUGCACUCAGAUCUUAAGAAAUAAACCCAUCCAUAGUACCAAA